GAAAGAGGAAGCGAAUGAAUAAGUUACGUGUGGUGUGGUGUGGUAAGAAAAAAUAGAAGAGGCGGGGAAUCUUUUGUUUCCACCGACAUCCCAUCCCUUCACAUUUCUCGAUCCCAUCGAUAAUUCUGUUAUUCAAUCUUCAAUCUUCAAUCUUCAAUGGCUGAUGAGCAACGUAAUCACGAGGAGGCAAGUCCUCUUCUCCACCAACAACACCAACAGGAAAAGGAACAACAACCCGAUAACAAAUCCAAAACAGCACCAACGCCACCUGAGUUUAUUCUUGGAUGGACCGCUGAUGGUCAUCCCCUAGGCCAUGGCAGCGUCGUGGGCCAGCCCAUGGGCCGUUCUUCCUGGAAUUCCAGCAUCUGCUCUUGUCUCGGCCAAAACGAUGAGUUUUGCAGUAGCGAUCUCGAAGUUUGUCUUCUUGGGAGUGUGGCUCCUUGUGUGCUGUAUGGGAGCAAUGUUGAGAGACUUGGAUCUGCUCCAGGAACAUUUGCCAAUCAUUGCUUGCCAUACUCUGGUCUGUAUAUAGUUGGGAAUUCCUGCUUUGGUUGGAAUUGUCUUGCACCAUGGUUUUCCUAUCCUAGCCGUACUGCUAUUCGUCGCAGGUUCAAUUUAGAGGGAAGUUGUGAGGCACUUAAUAGGUCAUGUGGGUGCUGCGGAAGCUUUUUGGUGGAUGAGGCACAGCGUGAACAGUGUGAGUCGGCAUGUGACUUGGCAACUCAUGUCUUCUGUCAUGUCUGUGCUCUUUGUCAAGAAGGUCGUGAGCUCCGUCGUAGGCUACCUCAUCCUGGUUUUAAUGCUCAACAAGUAUUGGUUAUGAUUCCCCCAUCAGAUCAGACUAUGGGACGUGGGGCUUGAAAGUAUUCUUCAUCUUGGAAGUGCUAUUCUUGUGUAUGCUGCUGUUGCCUCUAUAUAAUUUGAUGUUGUUGAACCGUGUUAUGCCUUUUGUCUGAAGAUUAUCCUGGUUCUUUGAAUUUGGUAAUAAAUAAGUGAAUGAAACACUAUCGUAAUUUCAGUUUGAUUCGUUUAGAUUGGAAUGAUAUGGGAGGAAUUUUUCUCCUAAGUGUCUAUGUGUAAUUACAAUGAACUGAAUGAAAGAAUAUGUUACAUUUAAGGUGUGAUUCCUGUAUGGUUAUGUAAUUUUGCUUAGUUUCUUCGGGGUUACAAGGAGUAUAAUGUGAACAAUUUUGAUUCUUCUGUCUUGAUGCAGCUUAAACUUUGAGCACGGUAUUUGCCUUGUAA